UAUAAGCUUCGCCCCUCAUUUGAUUUCGUCGCCGUUGUGAGAGUUUGUCUGCUACACGCGGACAACAUUGGAAUUUUCCACUUGACCUAGAUCUACAAUUGUCAUGGUGCGACACUACAAACGCAAAAGCGAGAGGGCAACCCUUCCACAGGAUGUAAUCCAACAGGCUAUUCAACAGGUCCGAGCUCGUGCCAUCUCCUUGCGGCAAGCUUCGAGGACAUUUGGCAUCCCUUUAAAAUCUCUGUCUCGCUACUGCACCAAGGCCGCUGAAGCAAACAACAACGAUCACAGUCUUAGUGGAUAUAAAAAGCCACGGCAAGUUCUCGCCGACGAGUUCGAGAAUCAGUUAGAGGCUUAUGUUUUGGCUGCCACAGAAAUUUACUAUGGGCUUGCUCCAAAGGAUGUGCGGAAAUUGGCUUCUCAGAUGGCAAAGGCAGAUGGAUGUAAUAUCCCUCCAACCUGGCAUGAGACAGAAAUGGCAGGUGAAGACUGGUUCUCUGGAUAUCUUCAACGACACAAGAAUUUAUCCACAAGAAGUCCACAGGCAACAAGCUUGGCACGAGCAACAAGUUUCAAACAAGACAAAUGUUGCUAUGUUUUUCAACCAACUUGCUGA